AAAAAUCUUUGUGCAUCCGGGGUCUGCUUCGUGACGUCAUCGAGUACCUGCAUCAGGACGCGGACGGACUCGGGGCAGAGGAGAGAGGACGCCACAGUUUCUUCUGGUUUCUUUCCUUUUUAGAGGUCUUCUUUCUCUUAAAAGCGUGUGUCAGCAGACGUCUAGGCGUUCCUAUUGUGCAGGUACUCGACGUCAGGAGGUUAAAAAAAACUAGAGGAGGACUAAAUCGUCACCGACCCAAGACACAACAAGGAAACCCGGAUCAAAAUGUCAUUUGGAAAGGAUGUCACCCCGAAAGUUGUGCUCAAAAGCACAACUAAAAUCUCUCUGAACGACCGAUUCUCCACCCUGGCCAAGAAAGCGCCCCCGCAGCAGCAGGUGCGUGCCACGCUGCAGCAGCAGCAGAUGGCGUCCGCGAAGAACCGGCGGCUGGCGCAGCAGAUGGAGAACCGGCCCACGGUCCAGGCGGCGCUGCACCUCAAGCAGCAGCAGCAACAGCAGCAGAUGGUACAUCAGAUGCCCCUGAAAGCGCGACUUGGUUCCAAGGGCAACGUACUGGCCCGUCUGGGGCAGCAGCCGCGUGGAGGCUUCCGUGGACGCGGGGGGAUGCGCGGCGGGAUUCGUGGACGCGGCAGGGGAGGUAUCCGAGGCAGGCUGUCGCUGCCGCAGUUUGGGCGCGGCGCCAUGGGCCGCGGUGGGAGAGGAGGUUUUAGAGGAGCAGGCAGAGGUUUUCAGCCCCGCGGAGGCCGUAUGCAGAGAGGUGGCGGCCGUGGUGCAGGCGGCAUGAGGGGGAGGGGGGCAGGCAGAGGGGUCCCUCGUGGAGGAAUGCGCGGGAUUCGCGGUGGCCUACGUGGGCGUGGCGGGCGAGGCCGUGGGCGCGGUGCACGGGGCGGGAUACAGAACAACGUCUCCAAGGAGGACCUAGACAACCAGCUAGAUGCCUACAUGUCCAAGACAAAGGGAUACCUGGAUGCACAACUGGACGAGUACAUGCAGCAGGCUGGAGCUGACGAAUAGGAUGCUAGCUUUACUCUGGGAACACUCCAUACAUACUGUGACACAUAGGAAAACAUGAAAGUCUGAUCAGCAAUAUUCAACAAGUGUCGAUAGCAAAGCAGGCAGCUUAUUCCACUACUACAGAAUCGAAAAUGUGCUGACUUUAAAAAAAUGUCAAGCAUAUUACGAAGCUGAUUUUCUUUGUUUGGGAAUCAGGCUGUCUUGUUAGUUGUGUUUUAUCUAUAUAUAUCUUGCCUUAUUGCAAAGCACUGAUAUUAGAUUUGGUUUAGAUCCAAGAAAACCUCCAGUGACCAACAUACCUGUUAACACAGCAACUGUUUAUUUUAUACUAUGGUGUCCUGAUUUUACUCUUUGUAAAUAGACAAACUUGUGCUAAGCUCUCUAGUUCUUUUAUUGUGUUAGUGAAGCAUUUUUGUUAAGCUACUGAAAGAAUGUAUGUACUGAACCCCAGUUGGUUAGUCUUUGUUAAAAGCUAAGUUAUUAUUAUAAAUUUCACAUAAUGACAUGUAAUGAUUAUGUAUUACUACUAAGCAAUUUCUGUGGGCUUUGUGUACUAUUUUUUCAAGGUUGAGACAUGGGUUCAUUUUCCCCCAAAAUGUUGAUGACGUUCUUACUACCCUGAAGUUCUGUUUCUGGAUGUGCUUAUAAACAAUCAUGACUGUAAUACAUUAUUUGCUGCUCAGAGCAGCUAAGAAGUUGUUUUCUUACUUUACUUACGUGUUGUAUAUAAAGUUUUG